AUGAGGUAGUUCCAAAUGCAAAUUUUUGAUCUUCUAUCCAUUAAUAAAUUGUGUUGGGAAAAUAACAACCUCAAUUUUCGUCAUCUCAAUCAUUUCAAGGAUGAGAAAGGGGGAAACAAGAUAUAAAUAUGCCAAUUAAGAACAUCAGCAUCAGCUGAAUAGUCAAGCGUUCAAAGCUAUAGCACAAAGUUUGUACAAAGAAUAACUGAAAAUUACUAACUGCAUCUCUAUAAUUAUUAAAUCAGCAACAAGAUAAAGCUAGGAAAUAGGGGUUGCUAAAAACAAAAUUCUUUAGUAAAAGAGCCAUAGACCAAGAAACAUAGCAUGAUUCUGAGCAAUGGGAAGAACUUUUUUUGUCAAACAGCGAGCUACAAGAUUGUGCAAAAUACCAUAAUAGCAAACAAGCAGAAGAUUAUCAAGGACGUUUCCUACCAGAUAUUACUAAAAGCCAAGAAUAUAUGCACAUCAUUUAUCCUAGAUAUACAACCAGCUAACAAUCAAAAAGUGUUGGGCAAUUAUGAUGUGUCUUCUAUGCCCAGCACAGUAGUAAUUAGAGCAUAUUAUCUUUGUUGCAGUACAGUAACAGCAAAAUUAAAAUUUCCAGGAUAAAAAUCCUAAGCAUACCAAGAAGGAGCAAGUAAAACCCAAUUUUGUAGUUUAGCUGAAGGGAUAAAUGAUUUUGCUACUACUUCUAAUGAAACGCUCUUGCUCUGUAAAUCUUUUAGGGAUACUAGAGAAGAAUUGGAUAUGAAAGAAUGGUUUACAAUAAUUCAUAUAAAAAGGAUUUACAGACAUUACUAAAUGGGAGAUAGGAUAUAGAAAUUAAAGGUGAAAGAUUUUCACUCUAUUAAUAGCAAGUCAAUACUAUGA